AUGAGUUACCGCUCGGUGCUGGCCGUGGAACUGUCCUUGGGCCUUCAGCGGCGCCUCUGCACGGCGAUAGCCAUUCUCGGUAAACCGAAGGUGAUCAUCAUGGACGAGCCGACGGCCAACAUGGACCCCGACAGUCGGCGAGAAAUGUGGGAGCUGCUGCUCAAGAUACGCCGCAGUUGCACAAUCUUACUCACCACGCAGCACCUGGAUGAGGCUGACAUGCUUGGCGACCGAAUAGUCAUCAUGGCCAACGGCCGCAUCAGGUGCAGCGGCUCUCCGACAUUCUUGAAGCAGCGGUUCAGCACCGGCUAUCACAUGCGGAUCACGAAGUUGCCGAAGUGCAACAUUCCGGGCAUCGGUAAACUGCUGGUAAGGUACGCACCGAAAGCCAAGCUGCAAAGCAACUCGGACAACGAGGCAUUGUUCAUCCUCGGUCACCUCGCGGCCUCGCGGAAGAUUGUCACAAUGUUCAAGGAUAUAGAACAGCAAAGCGAGGCGCUGGGCAUCGAGUCAGUAGGCUUGGCAGUGACGUCACUCGAGGACGUGCUCAUUCGUGUGGGCGAAGAGCACCACCUUCACCAUCACCAGAAGCACCCGGACAUCUUCAGCGACGAUGCCUCUGUUCUCGACGCAAGGAUGAGCUUGGUGAAGACGAUGGCCAGCAUGGCAACCAAAGAACCGUCGCUCACGGCUCGCGUGGUGGCCAUGAUGACCAAACGCGCCACGCAUGUGUGGCGCCAGAAGGCGGCACCGCUUUUCAGCUGGAUAAUGCCACCGCUGCUGCUGAUGCUGCUCUUCUUUCUCGAGUACGUCGGCGGGAAAAACAGCGGCGGCACAUUGGAACACGUGGGGAACACGCUCCCCUACACUUUUCUCCAGGUGGUCACCCAAGCAAAGGGUUUUAUUCAGGCGGACACAGAAGACAAUUUCCGACAACGCUGGCUGGAGCCAAUGUUCGGGCCCAGCUUCCACGUGACCCCGGUCGACGCAAGCGUCGACGUCACCCAUAUGUUACUUGAUGCUUCCAGGGAGUCCCUCUACACGUACGUCUUCGACACGCACUUCGGCGUGCAGAUGACCAAGAAAGCUGGAAACGUACUCUGGUACAACGGCCAGAUCCAGCACAUGGCGCCCCUCGUGCUGAGGCUGUAUAACACCGCUCGGCUUCGCAACGUGACCAACGUGGAGACGGCCGUGUUUGAAUUCGACGUCACGACGGGGGCCAUUGAGGGAGAACGCGGGGUGGGAAACGAGGCGAGCCUCGAGGAGGACGUCCACAGCCAGAACGCGUACCGCAGCAUGCUGCCCAAGUACCUGCGCUCCAUCUUCUUUCCCCUCGUCUCCAGCCUCAUGUGCAGCAACUUCGUAUUUUUCCCCAUCACGGAGAGGAAGCUGCAGGUGAAGCACCUGCACAUGAUCACGGGCAUGACGCCGCUGCUGUACUGGACGAUGAACUUCAUCUUCGACUUCAUGUUCUACAUGGGGACGGCGAUGCUGGUGCUGCCACCAUUGUUCUUCAUCCCGGACACAUCUCUCAAGACGAGCGACAUCCAACUCGUCUUCAUGCUGAACCUGCUCCACGGCUACGCGGCUCUCCCGGUGGUCUACACAUGCUCCUUCCUGUUCGACGACCCCAACGUCGGAUUCUCCACGCUCGCUAUCUCAACUUUUAUUAUGUCGUCCGUGGGCUGCCUCGGCGCGAUGUUCGUGGAGCACUACGCCGAAGACGGCAGGAGCUCCGGCCUCGUUGCGCUCGUCCGGGUGGCGCUGCAGGUGCUCCGGCUGCUGCCCUCGUAUUCGUACUCCAGAGCCAUGACCAAGAUCCUGGAGCUGGCCAGCGAGAACGCACUGUGCCGCAGCGGUGGCGCCGAGCUCGAGAGCUACUGCCACGCCUCCGACGUCUCUCGACCGAUGUCGCUGCUGCGGUGCUGCCAGCACCGGCACGUGCCGGACCCUUCCGAGUACGCCAUCCAGCCGCUGGAAGCGAACGCCUACUCGGCCUUCUACGAGGUGCUCACGCUGUCCAUCGAAGGCGUGGUCGUGUUCGUGUUGCUGCUUUGCAUCGAAUCCUGGCGCCUCCCGCUAGACAGGUGGAUGAGCUUGCCCGAACAUCCACAAGGGUUGGCAGCCCCGAAGCCGGCCGCACCACACGUCGCGCAGGGCCUCGCCCCAGCAAAGAAGCGCCUCGCAAGGUUAGAGGACACGGACGUUCAGAACGAGAACAAACUCGUCGACGAACUCGCGGCUGGUCGCUUGGCGCCUUCCGCUACGAAGCCCUUCAUGUUCGCUCACCGCCUGUGCAAAGCCUACGGCUACGUCGACAACCACACAGUGCUGCAGGGUCUGAGUUUCACUGUGCAGCCCGCUGAGUGCUUCGGCCUUUUGGGCGUCAACGGUGCGGGCAAGACGACCACGUUCCGCAUACUGUCUGGCGAAAUACUGCCGCACCAAGGGGACGCUGUGGCCUUGAACUUCUCGCUUGUACGCGAAAGACGGCAGUUCCAGCACUUCAUCGGCUACUGCCCGCAGCGGGACGGCCUGCUCGAUAUGCUGACGGGCAUAGAGACGAUCACGCUUUUUGGACGUCUCAGUGGCACAUACAUGACUACUGAGUACGUGGAUGCGCUUCUUGACAUCUUCCACCUCGACGAAAUCGGAGGGCAGCUCGUCUCUACCUACAGCGCCGGCAACAAACGCAAGCUGUCGCUGUGCCUCUCGAUGUUGGGCAUGCCGCGCCUUGUGCUGCUCGACGAGCCGUACGCCGCCAUCGCCACGACGUCUCGAAAGCGCAUCAUCAACUUCAUCUGCGCACUGCAGAAGGUCAGCAAGAUCUCCGUCGUGCUCAGUUCGCACAGUCUGGUCGACGUCGAGUUCCUCUGCAACCGCAUCGCCAUCCUGGGCGGCGGGCACCUCCAGUGCCUCGGCUCUCUGGCGCACCUCAAGGAGAAGUUCGGCAAGGGUUACACCAUCAGCGUCAAGACGUACCCAGACCGCAAGCAGGACGUCUUCUACCAGCGGCGGGUGGCCGAAGACGUGCGCAAGAACUUUACGGAUGCCGAGCUAGUGCACAGCUAUGAGGGCCUGCUGGAAUUUCGGAUGUCUCAGGUUCACAUGCUGUGGAGCGAGAUGUUCACGCGCAUGGCACGCAUCAAGAAGAGGUUCAAGCUGCAGGACUUUUUCAUCACGGACACAUCGCUGGAGCAGAUCUUUCUGAGCGUCACGCGGAAGGAGGCCAGCGAGGCCGCGGCCGCAGCGAUCGCUCUGGCAGCGCCGGGAAACCGUCCGGUCAUGGCUCCCGCCGCACUAGGGAUAUUAUAAAGGCGCUGACAUCUGGGCGUGGCCAUCGUUUGCGUCCGCUUGAUUACUUUUUGACUGCGCCAGAAAACAGAAAAUUACACGAAUACAACACAAGCGCAGCACAAGCUUGUGGAUACCAGAGUUUGAAAAAGUACACCGACGCUUAAAGGG